AUGUCCAACGCGCCCGCACAGCCCAUGACAGUGCCCUCGGGCGCACACACGGCCACCCUUGCAGCGGGCUGUUUCUGGGGCGUCGAGCAUAUGUACCGCAAAGAGUAUAAGGACAAGGGUCUAUACGAUGCGCGCGUUGGUUACAUUGGCGGCGACACCGAGAACCCGGGAUACAGAGCUGUGUGCAGUGGAAGGACCGGCCACGCCGAAGCACUACAAGUAGUGUACGACCCGACAAAAGUAACCUAUCGCUCGUUGCUGGAGUUCUUUUACAAAAUGCACGAUCCCACAACGCCAAACCGUCAGGGUCCAGAUGUUGGCACCCAAUACCGCUCAGCUAUCUUUUACCACGAUGCCGAGCAAGAGAAGAUUGCGCGAGAAGUCACAGACAAAGUAAACAAGCAGUGGUGGAAGGGCGCUGUAGCAACAGAGAUUCUGCCUGCAGGCAAGUGGUGGGACGCCGAGGAGUAUCACCAACUAUACUUGGACCACAACCCAGGCGGUUACGAAUGCCCAAGUCACUUUUUGAGGAAAUUCCCGCCGCUUGAGGAUUAG